AGAGCCCUGUGGUUGCACAGCACCACAAGGACUGAGCAGUCUGUCCUUGACCACGACUGUUGUGGCAGCAGCGGCGGCGGCAGCAGCGGUGCUGACAUUGGGACAGCGGUGUCAGGACAGUGGUGGCAGCAAGAGCUGCAGGACUGGCAGUGGGCAAGGCACCAUGGCCUUUGCUCUGCGCCUCCUCCUCCUGCUCCUCCUGGCAGUGGCCCUGCCUGACAGGGCUGCCCAGGCUGCUCCAUGGCGAGCAGGGCGAGCAGACAAGAAUGGUAGGAAGGCUUCUCAGGCAGCUUGGCUUCAUGAAGAUUUUCUGCCUCUGGAGCCCCAUGCAGGUGUGUCUGCAGCGAAGAUGUUUCAAGCUCCUUUUCUGGUUGCUGCACGCAAGCCCAGCUCACAUCACAGGGGUACUCCAAGAGGGAGGAAUAAAUCUACAGGAGACAAGAGGCUGAGUGAACUGGAGAGACGCCAUGAGAUGAACCGAAAGGCUGUGCUGAAGGCAGCGUUUCCCGGAGAAAGCAGUGGCCCAUGGGCAGCCUCUGCUGCAGGAAGGGAGGCCAUGCCAGGCACAGUCCCAGGAGACAAGAAUGGUAGGAAGGCUUCUCAGGCAGCUUGGCUUCAUGAAGAUUUUCUGCCUCUGGAGCCCCAUGCAGGUGUGUCUGCAGCGAAGAUGUUUCAAGCUCCUUUUCUGGUUGCUGCACGCAAGCCCAGCUCACAUCACAGGGGUCCUCCUAGUGGGCGGAAUAAACCUGCAGGAGAUAGUAAGUCACUGGAGACAUCCAAACGCAUGGACAAGAUGCUGAGUGAACCGGAGAGACGCCAUGAGAUGAACCGAAAGGCUGUGCUGAAGGCGGCAUUUCCCGGAGAAAGCAGUGGCCCAUGGGCAGCCUCUGCUGCAGGAAGGGAGGCCAUGCCAGGCACAGUCCCAGGAGAUUGGGAUCGUGACAUGGAUUAUGUGGAAGUGUUGGUAGAUGGUGGUUUGAAGACCUUGCCAGAUGCUGAAGGCAAGUUCUCAAUGUCCCUUUCUGCACAGACUAAUCAGUGUCAAGGUGGGAAGAGCUCACUCAUGUGCCAUUUCCCUUAA